AUGACUGAAAUUGAAUGCCAUGCAAAAUCAACCACAAGCACCCCACCCCUAAAGCUCUUUGGCAUCAACAUUAACAAGUCCCCCGAAGAACAAACUGAUCACGAAGCAAGUUCCAAUUCUGAGCUUUUCAAUCCAAGAAAAUACGAGUGUCAGUACUGCUUCAGAGAAUUCGCAAACUCACAGGCACUAGGAGGGCACCAAAACGCGCACAAGAAAGAGAGACAGCUCUUGAAACGUGCUCAAAUGCAAGCUGCUCGCGGCUUUGUCGCUUCACACAUUCACAACACAAUCAUAUCCACCUUCACACCACAAUCUCAGCCACAUUUUUCGUGGCUAUGCACGCCACAAGCAUGGUCAAGUGGUGGUGCAUAUGACUCAGGAGUCGCUUUUGUGACUCCUGGAAGACGAGUUUAUGCUACAUCUGGUGCCUCCAUUACUGAUGGCCGUGGCCACCGCAGUCCUCCGCCGGAGUUCGGUGGCUCUAAAAGCGGUAGUUUCAAUGACAGAGGGAACGGUGGUGGUCAUGGUCAUGAACGAGGAUUCGGUUUGGAUUUACAUCUUAGCUUAUGA